GAAAAUGGUGAGUGAGGAAGUUUGUCAGAGAUGGAUCUUACAACAUCUAUUUAUUUAUUAUUUUAUUUUUCAAGAAAUCGUAGUAGUUUACGAGUUAUAAUCAAUGACGAAGGGGACAUCGUCCUUCGGAAAGCGGCGUAAUAAGACUCAUGCUCUAUGCCGUCGCUGCGGUUCCAAGGCUUACCAUCUGCAGAAGUCGUCCUGCGGGAAGUGUGGCUACCCCGAGAAGCGCAAGAGAAGUUACAACUGGAGCGCUAAGGCCAAGAGGAGGAACACCACUGGGACCGGCCGCCUGAGACAUCUGAGGGUCGUCUACCGCAGAUUCAGGAAUGGGUUCCGGGAAGGGACCACCCCCAAGCCCAGGCGUGUUGCAGUGGCUGCCUCCAGCUCGUCCUAGACACACUUUGGGUUCACUUUAAUAAAUGUGCUGUUGGUUAAA